UGGGUGGCAGCUGAAGGCACAGCUUUGGGAGCUGAUUUUGGCUUGAGGGUGUAUUCACGGUUCUCUUGCCUCAGCCUUUUUGUGAUAAAAGCCAAAAAAGUUCAAGUUUAGCUUCUCAAGCCUGCCUGUCACCACUCCCUAGUGGAUGCUGGCACUGAAGGGCUCUUUUUGGAGCCUGGGCAGCAGUGCCCACCUGUGUGGCUGUGCCAGAGCCACAGCACCCUUUUCCAGCCUCUCCCUCCGUCCCUCCUUCCCCUCCUGCUCCUCUGGAAUUCCAUAACUCAGGCACUGAGGAGGAUUUUGCUGGUUGCACAGCCCACGGGGAGGAGGAUGUUCACGCUACGCAGAGCACCGAGAAUUCGGAGGCACUUUUGUAACCUACUGAACCACAUCAGACCCAGGAAAGAUCUGAAGAUUAUGCAGCCCUCCUCAAUGUUUUCUUUCCUCACCCCGGGCUUUUCAUUUUUUUUCGGUGCCAAGCCUGCUAAUAGUUUGUUUUGGGUUUUUUUUUUGCUGGUUGUAAAAACAUCUCAAGUUCUGCCCCCGUAUCGGAGUGGCAGCGAAGCAUGCGUGAGGAUCUGCUCCAGUGGCAAAGCCAUAUCUGAUGGGGGAAAAAAAAUAAAAAAAAUUUAAAAAAAAGGGAAAGCAGCUGAGGCCCUUCGAACAAGUCAUGCUCCUGUGUGCUUUUAAUCACCCGUGCCUGCCAAGAGAGAUCUUGCACAAGCAAAGCUGGCUCCAUGCAGGAGGAAGGUUUUUGGCUCCCUGGUAAUGUGCUGCCUGGAAGCAGUGGAGUGCUGCUCAGACCCCUGGCUGCUGGAAUUGCCUUAAUGCCCAGGUGUUUGGUGCUUUGGUCUGAAGCAGUGAGGAUGGAGCCCACGAGGAUCAACAUGUCCCGCGUGCCCCUGGUCGGGGCGGGCAUCGAUGGCGCCCUGCUCAAGGCGCACAAGCCCCGCGUGAUGUCCAAGAGCGGCCACAGCAACGUCAGGAUCGACAAGGUGGACGGCAUCUACCUGCUCUACCUGCAGGACCUGUGGACCACGGUCAUCGACAUGAAGUGGAGGUACAAACUCACCCUGUUCGCCGCCACCUUCGUCAUGACCUGGUUCCUCUUCGGGGUGAUCUACUACGCCAUCGCCUUCCUGCACGGGGACCUGGAGAUGAACAAGUUCUCCCCGAAGCGGGAGCCGUGCGUGAAGAACGUGGAUUCCCUGACCGGGGGCUUCCUCUUCUCCCUGGAGUCCCAGACCACCAUUGGCUAUGGAUUUCGUUUCAUCACCGAGGAGUGUCCCCAUGCCAUCUUCCUGCUGGUGGCCCAGCUGGUCAUCACCACCCUGAUCGAGAUCUUCAUCACGGGCACCUUCCUGGCCAAGAUCGCCAGGCCAAAGAAGAGGGCAGAGACCAUCAAGUUCAGCCACUGCUGUGCCGUCAUCACCAAGCACAACGGGGAGCUGUGCCUGGUGAUCAGGGUGGCAAACAUGAGGAAGAGCCUCCUGAUACAGUGUCAGCUCUCUGGGAAGCUCCUCCAGACCUACGAAACCAAAGAAGGGGAGAGGAUUCUGCUGAACCAAGCCAGUGUCAAGUUCAACGUCGACUCCUCUUCGGAGAGCCCGUUCCUCAUUUUGCCUUUGACCUUCUACCACAUUUUGGAUGAGAGCAGCCCUCUGAGAGACCUCACACCCCAAAACCUCAAGGAGAAGGACUUUGAGCUGGUGGUGCUCCUGAAUGCCACGGUGGAGUCCACCAGUGCUGUCUGCCAGAGCAGGACUUCCUACAUCCCUGAGGAGAUCCACUGGGGCUACGAGUUCGUGCCUGUGGUUUCCCUCUCUCCAAAUGGGAAGUACGUGGCGGAUUUCAGCCAGUUUGAGAAGAUCAGGAGAAGCACAGAUGCCACUUUUUACAGUGUGGACUCUGAAAAGCAAAAGCUGGAGGAGAAAUACAGGCAGGAGGACCAAAGGGAGAGGGAACUGAGAACAAUGUUGCUACAGCAGAGUAAUGUUUGAUUGGAUGGACAAACCCUUCUGAACAAUCCUUUUUCUGCAAACUGAAAAAAAAGAAACCCCAUGCCUUCUGUGCUGCAUUGUCUGCUGUGAAACCAGAAGUGAAGUCCUUUUUCAGGAUUAUUUCAUUUCCAGCCCUCUUUCAGCAAAUAACCUCGGUGUACAGUAAAUCUGCCCCUUUGGCUGAGUUGUUAAUCAAGUAUUUUGUAAUUAGGCAGGAUUUCUUUGUUCCCGACCAUGACCUUAGCAAAACUGGGGUUGUGUUAAACCUCUGCCUUAUGCCACCCCUGAAAGCAGACACGCCACUUUCCGUUUGGAAAGUGAAACUGGAUGCACUGUGCUGAUUCCCUCAAAUAUUUAUUUGACGUGGCUUUACUGUGAACAGGCAGGGGCAGCACACAGCACUGCUAGAGGAAAAGGUGCUCCUUUUGAAAUAUGUGUCUUUAGAAUGUAUGUUCUCGUUCCAGGGAUCACCUGUGUGGGGGUGAAAAGUAAGUUGAUUGAAGAGACAGAUGGUUGGAUGUGGGAAGAGCUUCAGGGAGGGCUUAAACUCCUUAAAUCUUGAAGGAGGGAGACAGAGCAGUGCUGGGUGGUGAGGAGAGAACUCGCUCUCUGUCCCUGCUGCUCAGAGCUUCAUUUUGUUGUUUUAGGAUCACCCACUUCUUUUAAACCUUGCUAAUGCCUGAUUUAUAUCUGGUAGCAAAAAGGGGAGAUGAGGGCAAGACACAGGAUCACAACAAGUAAUCAACUGAGGUUGUAGCUGGCUUUGAGACACCUGUUUUUUAUCCACUGUAAAUAGUUUGUAACAGCAGCAUGACAAUGCAAUUCCACAGGUUGCUUGCUUUGCUCCGGACCGUAUUUAAUUUUUGGUUAAAAGAAAGCUGUGUAAUGUCUGUAGACAAUAUUUACUUUUUCUGGCAGCCCUAAAGGACGAGCAUUCCUUUCAUCCAAAUCAAUUUUGGUCUGCUAAAACCAUUCCAUUAAUAAAUGAAUUUUUAAUUUGA